UUUCAGACACCUCUCAUUGAACCUCACGUUCCUCUUCGUCCUGCUAACACCAUUACCAAGGUUCCUUCAGAGAAGAUCCUCAGGGCUGGAAAAAUUUUACGAAAUGCCAUUCUCUCUCGAGCACCUCACAUGAUAAGAGACAGGAAAUACCACCUAAAGACAUACAGACAAUGCUGUGUGGGAACCGAGCUGGUCGACUGGAUGAUGCAGCAGACUCCAUUUGUUCAUUCCCGAACCCAAGCUGUUGGCAUGUGGCAAGUCCUGUUGGAAGAUGGUGUUCUCAACCACGUGGACCAGGAACACCAUUUCCAAGACAAAUAUUUAUUCUAUCGAUUUCUGGAUGACGAGCACGAGGAUGCCCCUCUGCCUACUGAGGAGGAGAAGAAGGAGUGUGAUGAGGAGCUCCAGGACACCAUGCUGUUGCUGUCACAGAUGGGCCCCGACGCCCACAUGAGGAUGAUCCUCCGCAAACCACCUGGCCAGAGGACUGUGGAUGACCUAGAGAUUAUCUAUGAAGAGCUUCUUCAUAUUAAAGCCUUAUCCCAUCUUUCUACCACAGUGAAACGGGAGUUAGCAGGUGUUCUCAUUUUUGAAUCUCACGCCAAAGGAGGAACUGUGUUGUUUAACCAGGGGGAAGAAGGUACCUCCUGGUACAUUAUUCUAAAAGGAUCAGUGAAUGUAGUCAUUUAUGGCAAGGGUGUGGUCUGCACCCUGCACGAGGGAGAUGACUUCGGCAAGUUAGCACUAGUGAAUGAUGCCCCGCGAGCUGCCUCUAUUGUCUUGCGAGAAGAUAAUUGCCAUUUCUUAAGAGUAGACAAAGAGGAUUUCAACCGGAUCCUGAGGGACGUUGAGGCGAAUACAGUCAGACUUAAAGAACAUGACCAAGAUGUCUUGGUGCUGGAGAAGGUCCCAGCAGGGAACAGAGCUUCUAAUCAAGGAAACUCACAGCCUCAGCAAAAGUAUACUGUGAUGUCAGGAACACCUGAAAAAAUUUUAGAGCAUUUUCUAGAAACAGUACGCCUUGAGCCAGCUUUAAAUGAAGCAACAGAUUCUGUUUUAAGUGACUUUGUUAUGAUGCACUGUGUUUUUAUGCCAAAUACCCAGCUUUGCCCUGCCCUGGUGGCCCAUUACCACGCACAGCCUUCUCAAGGUACAGAACAGGAGAAACUGGAUUAUGCCCUCAACAAUAAGAGGCGAGUCGUCCGCCUGGUUCUACAGUGGGCCGCUGUGUAUGGAGACCUCCUGCAAGAGGACGAUGUGGCUAUGGCUUUCCUGGAGGAGUUUUAUGUGUCUGUAUCAGAUGAUGCCCGGAUGAUGGCUGCCCUCAAGGAGCAACUGCCAGACUUAGAGAAGAUUGUCAAGCAAAUCUCAGAAGAUGCAAAGACCCCACAAAAGAAGCACAAAGUCCUUUUGCAACAGUUCAACACGAGUGAUGAGAGAGCCCAGAGGCGCCAGCCUAUCCGUGGCUCUGAUGAGGUUUUGUUUAAGGUCUAUUGCAUGGACCACACCUACACAACCAUUCGGGUGCCGGUGGCCGCCUCGGUGAAGGAAGUCCUCAGCGCAGUCACCGACAAACUGGGUUCCGGGGAAGGACUGAUCAUAGUCAAGAUGAGUUCCGGAGGAGAAAAGGUGGUGCUCAAACCUAAUGAUGUUUCGGUAUUUACGACGCUCACCAUUAAUGGACGCCUGUUUGCUUGCCCGCGAGAGCAAUUCGAUUCCUUGACUCCCUUACCAGAACAGGAAGGCCCAACUGUUGGAACAGUGGGAACUUUUGAACUGAUGAGCUCCAAAGAUUUAGCAUACCAGAUGACAAUUUAUGACUGGGAACUCUUCAACUGUGUGCAUGAGCUGGAGUUAAUCUAUCACACAUUUGGAAGGCAUAAUUUUAAAAAGACCACAGCAAACUUGGAUUUGUUCCUGAGAAGAUUUAAUGAAAUUCAGUUUUGGGUUGUCACUGAGAUUUGCCUUUGUUCCCAGCUCAGCAAGCGUGUUCAGCUUUUAAAAAAAUUUAUUAAGAUAGCAGCCCACUGUAAGGAGUACAAAAAUCUGAAUUCCUUUUUUGCCAUCGUCAUGGGACUAAGUAACGUCGCUGUGAGCCGUUUGGCACUAACGUGGGAGGUAAGCUACAUGCGAGUGCAAAAUCAGAGUGGGAAACCUGAUGAUGGGAUGACAAGGCUGGGUGUACUAGGAAGUCAGAGUGUAUAUAUGUCACGUGUCACUGACCAGCAUCUCUCUGUCUCUCCCAAGGAUCCUUCGAGAAACCACAGGGCCUACAGGCUGACAGUAGCUAAGCUGGAGCCACCUCUCAUCCCCUUCAUGCCUUUGCUCAUUAAAGAUAUGACAUUUACUCAUGAGGGAAACAAGACGUUCACUGACAAUCUAGUAAACUUUGAAAAAAUGCGCAUGAUUGCAAAUACUGCCAGAACGGUGAGAUACUACAGGAGCCAACCCUUCAACCCUGAUGCAGCUCAAGCUAAUAAGAACCAUCAGGAUGUCCGCAGUUAUGUACGGCAAUUAAAUGUGAUUGACAACCAGAGAACUUUAUCACAGAUGUCACACAGAUUAGAGCCUCGUCGGCCAUAGACAUUUAAAGUACCCAGAGCAAUGGUUUGUCUCCAGUCCACAAUCUUUCAAAAAUGCCAUUUAUGCUACUAGUGACUGUAUUGCCACUAGAGAAUUCUACAAAACAAGCAAAAACACAUCCUGAGACACCUCAGGGCUGCAUUCAGCUUACCAGCUACAUGACAAAGAAGAAAUUAUUUGACUUGCAUAAAGCUUACACACUCUAGCUUAGGACUCCCCAGUUUGUGGUCACCCUGUUUAAUUUCCAGUUGAGCCAUCUUCUUUGCCAAUACAUUAAAUAAGGCCCACAUGAAGAGUUUGGUAGAAAUACCAUUCUCAAGAGAACUGUCAAGUUCCAGAAAUUUUUUCCUAAGAGUGUUGACAGGAUGAGAUGUGCUACAAGUGGAAUUGCUUUGGAUAUAUUGGUGGUGAUAUAGUUUCAUGAUUUUUAACUCAACACCUUGACUUGG